AUGACUUUCUAAUAUCAACAUCAUAUACUAGAGGAAAUAUUUGUUGCAAUAACUGGAAAAGUUAUCAUUUCAAUUAUAUUCGAGAAUUUUAUGAAUUCUAAUUUAUUUGAAACAACCUAUCUUUUAAUUUAUUGGAUUGAUAGCGAAUAUGUAAUAAAUUCUAAUUUUAAAUCCUUAUUUUGGAUAAAAAUUAACCUUCCUUUGACUUUGAAUCCUAACAGAUUGAUAUACCUUUAGUUUAAUUUUGUUUUAUACUUAGCAAUUUUUUAGGAAUUUCUUAUUUUUUUGUUAAUGUCAUUUCAAAUUUUUUUACUGAACCUCAAAUUUCAGAUUUAUUUUAUCUCAAUAUUCUUUCUAAUAAUAUUUCUUUUUGCUUAAUUUAUUCACUUUUUUUCGUUCUUAUUCAGCCAUUAUAUCAGAGUAUCAUUAUCUAAACUUUUCUUCCCCCCUUUUAAUAUCUAAAUCAUUUAGUUUGCAAAAAUCAUUCAACAUACAACUUGUAUAAUAUUAUAUAAAUGA